UUUACAACUAACUGAUACUGUUGACAGUGUUUUUUUUUUUUUAAAUAAUAAAACGCUUUAAGAAGAUUGUAUUUAUGGUGAAAGGAAACUGGACUAACAAUGAGGCCAAAGACUUUUCCUGCCACAACUUACUCUGGAAAUAGCCGCCAGCGACUGCAGGAGAUUCGAGAGGGCUUAAAGCAGCCGGCCAAGUCUUCCGCUCAGGGGCUGCCUGUAGGACCAAACAGCGAUGUUUCCCUGGCCACCAAAGUCCUGGGGGGCAAGGAUGCUGCCAGGCAGCAACAGCAGAUGAGAGCUACCCCAAAGUUCGGACCUUAUCAGAAAGCUUUGAGAGAAAUCAGAUACUCCCUGUUGCCUUUUGCUAAUGAGUCUGGCACUUCCGCAGCUGCCGAAGUGAACCGACAGAUGCUGCAGGAACUGGUGAAUGCGGGAUGUGACCAGGAGAUGGCAGGCAGGGCUCUGAAGCAGACUGGCAGCCGGAGUAUCGAAGCCGCUCUGGAGUACAUCAGCAAGAUGGGCUACCUGGACCCGAGGAAUGAACAGAUUGUGCGAGUCAUUAAGCAGACCUCGCCAGGAAAGGGCAUCGCAUCAGCCCCUGUGCCACGGAGGCCAAGCUUUGAAGGAACAGGCGACCCUUUCCCCCCCUACCAUCAGAUGAGUGGAGCCGCCUACGAGGGCAGCAACACGCUGGAGGAGGUGCCUCGUCAGUACAUGGACUUUCUUUUCACCGGAGGCACUCACGGCAUGCCUGGCGGCCAUCAGCACCAGCCCAAAGGCUAUGCUGCAAACAUGGAGGCCGCAGGGUUGAACUUCCCAGUGGGCGGCCCUGGGGGCCAAGCCCUCCCACUGCAAGGCUCCCACUACAGGCCACACCUGCUGGUGCCUGGGGAGCCACUGGGCUAUGGCAUCCAGCGCAGCCCCUCCUUCCAAAACAAGGAGGCAGGAGCAUAUGCAAACCUUGCUGCCAAGGGCCCAGCCGUGCAGCCGGGGGCGGGCCACGCGUUUCCGCCCACGGGAGCGGCGACAGGGCUGUACGUGCCCCACCCACACCACAAACAGGCCCACCAGAUGCACAUGAUGGGCUCCCGGGGCCAGGUGUUCACGAGUGACAGCCCCCCGCAGAGUCUGAUCACACCCUCCAGAAACAGCCUCAAUGUGGACCUGUAUGACCUGAGCAGCCCUCCUGUCCAGCAGUGGCAGUCCUCUACCCUGUCCCGCCGUGACUCUCUUCAGAAGCCAGGCCUGGAGGCACCACCCCGCCAGCACGUGGCGUUCCUGCCCGAAGGCCCCGUCCCCAGCAGAACCAACUCCUUCAACAACCACCAGCAGCCAGUGGCCGUGCCCAUCCGGGCAGGAGUGCCCAGCAAGACGGAGCCUUCCAUGCCCUCCCCCAACACCAUCACGGCUGUGACGGCCGCCCACAUCCUGCACCCAGUGAAGAGCGUGAGGGUGAUGCGGCCCGAGCCGCAGACGGCUGUGGGGCCCUCCCACCCGGCCUGGGUGCCAGCACCCACCCCCGGGGUGGAGAGUCUGGACUCCAAGGACGAGCACCCUCUGCCCCUGGGGGGCGCCAGUGCAUACCCGCUGGACGUGGACUAUAGCAGCCCAGACCUGAGGUGCCCGCCCCCACCGUACCCCAAGCACUUGUUGCUCCGGAGUAAGUCAGAGCAGUACGACGUGGACAGCCUGUGUGUGGGCAUGGAGCAGAGCCUCCGAGGCGGCCAGGCUGCCGAACCUGCCGAGAGGAAUGACAAGAGCCACAAAAAUACCAAAGGGGAGAAAGUGGGGAAGGAUAAAAAGCAGAUUCAGACCUCUCCUGUUCCUGUUCGGAAAAACAGCAGAGAUGAAGAGAAGAGGGAAUCUCGCAUCAAGAGCUACUCGCCGUAUGCAUUUAAGUUCUUUAUGGAGCAGCAUGUGGAAAAUGUCAUAAAAACCUACCAGCAGAAGGUCAACCGGAGGUUGCAGCUGGAACAGGAAAUGGCAAAAGCUGGACUCUGUGAAGCUGAGCAGGAACAGAUGAGGAAGAUCCUCUACCAGAAGGAAUCUAAUUACAACAGGCUGAAGAGGGCCAAAAUGGACAAGUCCAUGUUUGUGAAAAUCAAAACCCUGGGGAUUGGUGCCUUUGGAGAAGUGUGCCUUGCUUGUAAGGUGGACACUCAUGCCCUAUAUGCCAUGAAGACCCUGAGGAAGAAGGAUGUCCUGAACCGAAAUCAGGUGGCCCACGUCAAGGCCGAAAGGGACAUCCUGGCCGAGGCAGACAACGAGUGGGUGGUCAAACUCUACUACUCCUUCCAAGACAAGGACAGCCUGUACUUUGUGAUGGACUACAUCCCAGGGGGCGACAUGAUGAGCCUGCUGAUCCGGAUGGAGGUCUUCCCUGAGCACCUGGCCCGGUUCUACAUCGCAGAGUUGACUCUGGCCAUUGAGAGUGUCCACAAGAUGGGCUUCAUCCACCGAGACAUCAAGCCAGACAACAUUUUGAUAGAUCUUGAUGGUCACAUCAAACUGACAGACUUUGGCCUCUGCACUGGGUUCAGGUGGACUCACAAUUCCAAAUACUACCAGAAAGGGAGCCACAUCAGACAGGACAGCAUGGAGCCCAGCGACCUCUGGGACGACGUGUCUAAUUGUCGAUGUGGAGACAGGCUGAAGACCCUGGAGCAGAGAGCCAGGAAGCAGCACCAGAGGUGUCUGGCACACUCCCUGGUUGGGACCCCAAAUUACAUCGCGCCGGAAGUGCUCCUCCGAAAAGGAUACACUCAGCUCUGUGACUGGUGGAGUGUUGGUGUGAUUCUCUUCGAGAUGCUGGUGGGGCAGCCACCCUUUUUGGCCCCUACUCCCACAGAAACCCAGCUGAAGGUGAUAAACUGGGAGAACACGCUCCACAUUCCAGCCCAGGUCAAGCUGAGCCCCGAGGCCCGGGACCUCAUCACCAAGCUGUGCUGCGCUGCUGACCACCGGCUGGGGAGGAAUGGGGCCGACGACCUGAAGGCCCAUCCGUUCUUCGGGGCCAUUGACUUCUCGAGUGACAUCCGGAAGCAGCCGGCCCCCUACGUCCCCAAGAUCAGCCACCCCAUGGACACCUCAAAUUUUGACCCCGUAGAUGAAGAAAGCCCUUGGAAUGAUGCUAGUGAGGACAGCACUAAGGCCUGGGACACACUCACCUCUCCAAAUAACAAACACCCUGAGCAUGCAUUUUAUGAAUUCACUUUCCGAAGGUUCUUUGAUGACAAUGGCUAUCCCUUUAGGUGCCCAAAGCCUUCAGGAGCAGAUGCUUCACAGGCUGAGGACUCUGAUUUGGAAAACUCUGAUAUGGUGGAUCAGACUGAAGGUUGCCAGCCAGUGUACGUGUAGACAGUGACUCGCCGUCCCUGAUACUCUGCGUCUUCAGAGGUCCAGGGGGCCCAG